CCGAUAAUUGUUUUAAGGUUAGAGACAUCGACAGAAAAAUUGCGAUUCAAUCACGAUUCUCAUAUGAGUCACGUUUUGCGUUGACAUUUCGUGUAUACAGUAAUGUGAUGUCAUUUGUACAAGCCCCCGGUGCAUAAUAGUAUCCUUUCGGUUUUUAAUCAAUUAGUUUUGAAUUGUUUGCAGUAGAUUGAGAAACUAGUUUCUGUUAGUUUAGUCCGUUUGCCAUAUAUUUAGCUCGAAAAUUUCAAUAGAAUGUCUGAUCCACGCAUACGACAAAUCAAAAUUAAAACAGGUGUGGUGAAGCGCUUGACAAAGGAAAAAACCGUUUACGUGAAAGAAAUUGACCAGCAAAAGGUACGCAUCGAACGGCUACGCGGUGAAGGCAAAGACGAACAUGUACUGAGAAAGGAGGAGGAAAUUCUACAGGAAGCACAGAUGAUGGUACCCGAUUCGCAUAGACGCCUAGUCAAAGCAUACGAAGAACUCAACGACUACUUGAAGAACGAAGACGAACUCAAGGAGCUGCCUGAUUUCGGGGCAGCGUUGGAAGUGCUGAAACAAGCCAAGGAGAAGAUUGACAUCGAUUAAAAAUUGAAUUCGGCUCCUCCUUUCAUCAUCACUAUCAAUAAAACCACAAUUAACCUAAUUUUAAGCUAGAAAAAAAUACAACAAAAAAGUAAUGAGCAAUUUUCAAGUGUUUAUUCCAAAUUUUCCACCGCCUCCGCUUCUGCCUCAAUUCGCGAAUAAUUUAAGUAAAACUACUCCAGCCAUACCAUCUGUUUCAUCACAUACUAAUUCUACUUUGUACAAAGAUCGUCUAAACAGUUAUUUGGAAGGUCGAAAACAUCGUUCAACAGAAAAAAAGUCGACGUUCCAACCACAAAAUGCAUUAAAAUUAAGUGAAGUUUCGCUUGAGAUGAGUCAAUGUGACCACCUAAUUCAAGUACUCAAAGAAAAUAUCAAAACUCUUUCAAAAGCCGCUCCUGAAAUGGACACGGCACAAUGGAAUGACCACCUCUCCAAAUUGAAUUCCAAAGUAGGGGACUUAUCAGCCAUUUGUUUCAGGUACGAUGACACCGAUGUACGUACACAAGUAAAAAUUUUGAUCGAUAAACGACAAGAGAAACGGAAUCGCAUACGGAAACGUAAAAUGGAAACUAAAGUGUUGAAAAAAUACGAGGCCAGCAAAAGGGAGAGAAAACAUCAAAAAAUCGAUGAGUGGGUGGAGAAGAAUGCUGCGGAAAUAUUGAAAAAUCGUCAACAAAUCGAAACAAAGCAACGUGCCGAACAAAUGUUCAUCGAUGUAAAAAGUCGACAAAAUGAAGCCGACAAAUAUAUCCAGCUAAUGGAGUCGUUAAAAGAGUUGAAUCGCAUUCGGAAUAGGGAUAAGUACAUUGGCUCUGGACAAAAUAAUGCGGAACUGAAUCGAGAAUUAGAUGAUAUGAAACAAAUGUGGCUGGAUGUUGCUAAAACGUAUGAAGUGGAGGAAAAAAGGCUACGAAAAUUCAUAAACUACACCGAUGACUGGGAGGAAUGGCGAAAUAUUCUAUUUGGUGAACCAACAAAAGAAGAUCGAUUCGUUUCAUUGCAUAAGAAAAACGAUAGCAUAAGUCAAUUGAUUGCGAUUCGCAGUCUUUGGGAUCAAUUUAUUGUGUCACCAGACAAUCCAUUUGGAUCAAGUGUACCGCUUUGUUGGGCACUACCAAAUGCAAAUCCAUCCGAAAAAUGGAAGGUUUGUUUGGAAAAUCCAGACAAUUUAUAACAGCCAUCUCUAAUCCAAUCCAACAGUCACCUAAAUUUAUGAUAUUUUUUGUGCAAAAUUUAAAAUAAUUCAGAAAAACACCAAAACAACUAAAAAUUGAGAUAAUAAAGAAACGAAAAUGCCUGAAACAUGUUACGAUAUGAAACUGUUCUAUUUUAAUUAAAAAUUAUUAAUUACAAAA